GGCCGUAGAAACCUUAUGGAGUUGUGUUUGUGUCCAGGUCUCCAGUCUACUAUGGAUGAGGAGAGAGAGGAGGAGGGUCCUACCUCUAAGACCACUCUGUCUGGGGAACAUGGCCGCCGGAGCAAAGCUAAGAGGCCAGAGCAGCAGCAGAGAGCAGACUCCCCUGGACCCAGCCGUGUCUCCAUGAAGAGCAUACGUAACCUGUUCAGAAAAAAUAAGCAAAAUCAUGGACAAAGAGGCCAGCAGCAGAGAGCAGACUCCCCUGGACCUAGCUAUGUCUCCAUGAAGAGUGACCGGUCUAUGGAUCAACCUCUUUACUUUAAAGAUGGACGCCCCUCCAGAGGGGAGAGUCAACCCCACCAGAGGUCAAAGGUUACCAGUGCUCAGUCUGUACAGCAGCAUCAAACAGAGCUGAUCAAGAGGGCUGAGGGGAACGCACAUGCUUUCCUAGACAAGGAGCUGAAGAAGCUCUGGAGGGAUCUCUUCACAGAUUACCCACAAUGCUCAGAGAGGGAGGAGGGGGAGGAGGAGGAGGAGGAUGUUAAGAAGGAGGAGCAGAGGAGGCGCGCCACAGAGGGAGUGGUGGACAUCACAAAGCUCUGCCUGAUGGAGAUGAACCAGGAGGAACUGGCCGACACACUGUGGGGCGGAUCUGCUGCUGUUGAGUGCCAACAUAAAAUCAAGUCUCUUUUGAAGAAGAAGUUAAAGUGUGUGUCUGAGGGAAUCCCUAAAGCAGGAAAUCAAACGGGUCUGAAUGACUUCUACACAGAGCUCUUCAUCACAGAGAGAGGCAGUGGAGAGGUCAACAAAGAGCAUGAGGUCAGACUGAUUGAAACAGCUUCCAGGAAACCAGCCAAGGAAGAAACACCAAUCAACUGUGAAGACAUCUUUAAACCCUUACCUGGACGAGAUCAACCAAUCAGAACAAUAAUGACAACUGGAGUGGCCGGCAUUGGUAAAACCAUCGUAACACAAAAGUUCACUCUGGACUGGGCUGAAGGCAAUACCAACCAGGACAUACACUUCACAUUUCUCUUAACUUUCAGAGAGCUGAAUUUACUGAAAGAGAAAGAGUAUAGCUUGGUGGAACUUCUUCAUCACUUCUUUAUUGAGACCAAAGAAGCAGGAAUCUGCAGAUAUGAACGGUUCAAUGUUCUCUUCAUCUUGGAUGGUCUGGAUGAGUGUCGAUUUCCUCUGGACUUCCAGAAGAACCAGACCUGGACUGAUGUCAAAGAGCCGUCCUCGGUGGACGUGCUGCUGACAAACCUCAUCAGGGGCGACCUGCUACCCUCCGCUCUUAUCUGGAUAACCACACGCCCUGCGGCAGCCAAUCGGAUCCCUGCUGAGUGUGUUGACAUGGUGACAGAGGUGAGGGGGUUCACUGACCCACAGAAGGAGGAGUACUUCAGGAAGAGAUUCAGAGAGGAGACACUGGCCAACACAAUCAUCUCCCAUGUCAAGAAAUCACGAAGCCUCCACAUCAUGUGUCACAUCCCAGUCUUCUGUUGGAUCACUGCUACAGUUCUGGAGGACAUCUUAAAUAAAUCCCAGAUAGAAGAGAUGCCCAAGACCGUGACUCAGAUGUACAGCUACUUCCUUUGGGUUCAGUCGAUACAGGGGGACAGGAAGUACCAUGGGAGAGCUGAAACGGAUCCAUACUGGGGUCCAGAGAGCAGGAAGAUUAUUGUUUCUUUGGGAAAACUGGCUUUUAACCAGCUGGAGAAAGGCAACCUGAUCUUCUACGAGGCAGACCUGGCAGAGUGUCACAUCGAUAUCAGAGCAGCCUCACUGUACUCAGGAGUGUUCACCAAGAUCUUUAAAGAGGAGUGCGGGAUGUACCAGGACAAGGUGUUCUGCUUUGUCCAUCUGAGCCUCCAGGAGUUUCUGGCUGCCCUUUAUGUCUUUCUGUCCUUCAUCAACGAUGGUGUCAAUCUGCUCUCAGAAGAACCACCCACCUCUGGGGAAGAUAAACUCCUCCUCCUCUACCAGAGGGCUGUGGACAAGGCCUUACAGAGUGAGAACGGACAACUGGACUUGUUCCUCCGCUUCCUCCUGGGCCUCUCUCUGGAGACCAAUCAGAUUGUCCUACGAGGUCUGCUGGGACGGACAGGAACUAGCUCACUGACCAAUACAAAAACAGUGUCUUACAUCAAGAAGAAGAUAGAUGGAGAUCUCUCUCCAGAGAGAAGCAUCAAUCUGUUCCACUGUCUGAAUGAGCUGAACGACCGUUCUCUAGUGAAGGAGAUCGAACAGUACCUGACAUCAGGAAGUCUCUCCGGAAAAUCUCUCUCUCUUGCUCAACUGUCAGCUCUGGCCUUCAUCCUACUGACAUCAGAAGAGGAGCUGGACGUGUUUGACCUGAAGAAAUACUCUGCUUCAGAGGAGGGUCUUCUGAGGCUGCUGCCAGUGGUCAAAGCCUCUAAAACAUCUCUGCUCAAUGGCUGUCAUCUGUCAGAGAGAUGCUGUGAAGCUCUGGCCUCAGUUCUCAGCUCCAACUCCUGUUGUCUGAGAGAGCUGGAUCUGAGUACCAAUGAUCUGCAGGAUUCAGGAGUGAAGCUGCUCUCUGCUGGACUGGGGAGUCCACACUGUACACUGGAAACUCUCAGGCUCAAUGGCUGUUAUCUGUCAGAGGAAUGCUGUGAAGCUCUGGCCUCAGUUCUCAGCUCCAACUCCUCUAGUCUGAAAAAGCUGGACCUGAGUACCAAUGAUCUGCACGAUUCAGGAGUGAAGCUGCUCUCUGCUGGGCUGGGGAGUCCGCACUGUACACUGGAAACUCUCAGGUCAGUUAUCAGCCUCUUCUUCAAACUGGUUAUUCUAGCUUCCAGUAAGUGCUGCUCCUGCCUGAUGCAUUUCUGUUGAUCUUUCCCUGCUGAC